AUGUUCACUUAUCAUCCCCAGUCAAGCCGCUUCCUCCUUCGAUUAUGUCUCAAAUCUAUGAAGUAUAGAGUUACGAUACAUAUACGGUCCCUGACGGCCCAAUACCCUCAACUUCGUCACUAUAACGUCUUAGCGAUAGAAACUUCAUGUGAUGAUACAUGUCUUGCCAUAAUAAACAGAUCAUCGUCGACAUCAUUACCAGAAAAUAACUCUACAAUACGAUGCAACUUGAAAUCUACAUUAAAUAGUAAAUCCGAUGGUGGAAUCAUCCCCACGAAAGCACAAGAACAUCAUCAAUCAUCCAUCUCAGAUCUAAUAUCUGAAUCAUUGACGUACCUUCCAGCGAACGAGAAGAUAGAUUUAAUCUGUACUACGAGAGGUCCAGGGAUGAUGGGAUCACUUUCUACUGGAUUGACUAUGGGGAAGGGGUUAUCUUUGGCUUGGAAUAUACGAUGGUUGGUGUUCAUCAUAUUUUGGGUACAUUUAUUGAUUCCAAGAAUGUUUGCCGAUGAGGAUGAUGAAUUGGAUUUCCCAUUUAUUAGUUUAAUCGUUAGUGGUGGUCAUACAUGUUUGAUUUAUUCUGAAUCAGUUUUGAAACAUGAAAUUUUGGUGGAUACGUUGGAUAUUGCAUUGGGUGAUUCAUUGGAUAAAUGUGGGAGAGAAAUUGGUAUUAAUGGGAAUAUGAUUGGUAAAGAAAUGGAAAAACUUACUAAGAGUUACACAAUAGACAAGAAGAAGAACGAUCAACGUAUGAUAUUACCUAAUCCUUUGAAAAGAACGAAUGAAUUUGCAUUUUCAUUUGCUCCCUUCUUAACAGCUGUAAAAACACAUUUAUCGUCUAACAAUAUUGAUCCGAAAGAUGUUGCGAUCGAUGUUCAAAAGGAGAUGGCCUAUGAGAUUCAAGAGGCAAUAUUUGAUCAUCUUCUACUAAGAAUUAAAAAAUAUAUGAUAAUAAAUCAUAAGAGAUUCAAGCAUGUCAAGAAUUUUAUUUGUUCAGGUGGUGUGAGUGCUAAUAGCAGAUUACGCAUAAAAUUAAAUAAUGGAUUAAAUGAAUUUUUCAAAAAUUUCCAUUAUCCUCCUUUAGAAUAUUGUACUGAUAAUGCUCUUAUGAUUGGUUGGGCUGGAAUUGAAUUAUAUGAAAAUAAAACUUAUCCAAACUUGCGUAGUAAUAGGAACGUUUUACCAAUACGGAAAUGGCCAUUGAAUGAUUUACUUAAUGUUCCAGGUUGGCAAUGGGAUGGAAUAAAGUGA